ACAGGCCAGAGCGGCCCUAUCUGGCCUGCGUGGCGCAAUGCAGCGCUAGAGCGGCCGGCGGGAGGAGUAGAGUCGCCGGGGCCGGAGCCCGGCAGGAGCCGGGCUAGAGCGGCUGGCAGGAGGAGUGGAGCUGGGCGCAAAGGUGGACUCAGGGCGGCUAGAGCGACGCGGCGGCAGGGGUGGGGAGAGUACGGAGCCCGCGCGCGGAGGCUUCGGUUCCGGUGGCGGUGGUGGCUUCUCUUUCCACCUGGAGCAGCCCUGCAGAGCCCAGGGAGAUGGAAGACGUUGCCCGAGGGGCGGCCUCCCCAGGCCCCUCCCGGCCUGGCCUGGUUCCCGUCAGCAUCAUCGGGGCUGAGGAUGAGGAUUUUGAGAACGAGCUGGAGACGAACUCAGAAGAGCAAAACAGCCAGUUCCAGAGCCUGGAGCAGGUGAAGCGGCGCCCAGCCCACCUCAUGGCCCUCCUGCAGCACGUGGCCCUGCAGUUUGAGCCAGGACCCCUGCUUUGCUGUCUGCAUGCCGACAUGCUGGGCUCACUGGGCCCCAAGGAGGCCAAGAAGGCCUUCCUGGACUUCUAUCACAGCUUCCUGGAAAAGACAGCGGUUCUGCGGGUGCCAGUCCCACCCAAUGUCGCCUUUGAACUUGACCGCACUCGGGCUGACCUCAUCUCCGAGGAUGUCCAGCGGCGGUUCGUGCAGGAGGUGGUGCAAAGCCAGCAGACAGCCGUGGGCCGGCAGCUGGAGGACUUCCGCUCCAAGCGGCUCAUGGGCAUGACGCCCUGGGAGCAGGAGCUGGCCCAGCUGGAGGCUUGGGUUGGGCGAGACCGAGCCAGCUACGAGGCCCGGGAGCGGCACGUGGCGGAGCGGCUGCUCAUGCACCUGGAGGAGAUGCAACAUACCAUCUCUACCGAUGAAGAAAAGAGUGCUGCCGUAGUCAAUGCCAUUGGCCUGUACAUGCGCCACCUUGGGGUGCGGACCAAGAGUGGGGACAAGAAGUCGGGGAGGAACUUCUUCCGGAAAAAGGUGAUGGGGAACCGGCGGUCGGACGAGCCUGCCAAGACCAAGAAGGGGCUGAGCAGCAUCCUGGAUGCCGCCCGCUGGAACCGGGGAGAGCCCCAGGUUCCAGAUUUUCGCCACCUCAAAGCAGAGGUUGAUGCUGAGAAGCCAGGUGCUACAGACCGGAAGGGAGGCCUGGGGAUGCCCUCUCGGGACCGGAAUGUUGGGGCUCCUGGGCAGGACACCCCUGGAGUCUCUCUGCACCCUCUGUCCCUGGACAGCCCAGACCGGGAAUCAGGUGCCGACGCCCCCCUGGAGCUGGGGGACUUAUCCCCGCAGGGCCCAAUGAGCCUGGAGCCCCUGGCGCCCCCAGAGAGUACCGAUGAGGGGGCCGAAACCGAGAGCCCUGAGCCUGGAGAUGAGGGGGAGCCGGGGCGGUCAGGACUGGAGCUUGAACCAGAAGAGCCUCCCGGGUGGCGGGAACUCGUCCCACCAGACACCCUGCAUAGCCUGCCCAAGAGCCAGGUGAAGCGGCAGGAGGUCAUCAGCGAGCUGCUGGUGACAGAAGCGGCCCACGUGCGCAUGCUGCGGGUGCUGCACGACCUCUUCUUCCAGCCCAUGGCGGACGGCCUCUUCUUCUCCCUGGAGGAGCUGCAGAACAUCUUCCCCAGCCUGGAUGAGCUCAUCGAGGUGCAUUCCCUGUUCCUCGAUCGCCUGAUGAAGCGGAGGCAGGAGAGUGGCUACCUCAUCGAGGAGAUCGGAGACGUGCUGCUGGCCCGGUUUGAUGGUGCUGAGGGCUCCUGGUUCCAGAAAAUCUCCUCCCGCUUCUGUAGCCGCCAGUCGUUUGCCUUAGAGCAGCUCAAAGCCAAGCAACGCAAGGAGCCUCGGUUCUGUGCCUUCGUGCAGGAAGCUGAGAGCCGCCCGCGGUGCCGCCGUCUGCAGCUGAAGGACAUGAUUCCCACGGAGAUGCAGCGGCUGACCAAGUACCCCCUGCUCCUGCAGAGCAUCGGGCAGAACACAGAAGAGCCCACGGAACGGGAGAAAGUAGAGCUGGCAGCUGAGUGCUGCCGGGAAAUUCUACACCACGUCAACCAAGCCGUGCGUGACAUGGAGGACCUGCUGAGGCUCAAGGACUAUCAGCGGCGCCUAGACUUGUCCCACCUUCGGCAGAGCAGCGACCCCAUGCUAAGCGAGUUCAAGAACCUGGACAUCACCAAGAAAAAAUUGGUCCACGAGGGCCCACUGACGUGGCGGGUGACAAAGGACAAGGCUGUGGAGGUGCAUGUGCUGCUGCUGGAUGACCUGCUGCUGCUGCUCCAGCGCCAGGAUGAGCGGCUGCUGCUCAAGUCCCAUAGCCGGACACUGACGCCCACGCCCGACGGCAAGACCAUGCUGCGGCCUGUGCUGCGGCUCACCUCUGCCAUGACCCGCGAGGUGGCCACCGAUCACAAAGCCUUCUACGUCCUUUUUACCUGGGACCAGGAGGCCCAGAUAUACGAGUUGGUGGCACAGACUGUGUCGGAGCGGAAGAACUGGUGUGCCCUCAUCACCGAGACUGCCGGAUCCCUGAAAGUCCCUGCCCCUGCCUCUCGCCCUAAGCCCCGGCCCAGCCCGAGCAGCACCCGAGAACCCCUCCUCAGCAGCUCUGAGAACGGCAAUGGUGGCCGAGAGACGUCUCUGGCUGAUGCCCGGACCGAGAGAAUCCUCAGUGACCUCCUGCCCUUCUGCAGACCAGGCCCCGAGGGCCAGCUCGCUGCCACGGCCCUUCGGAAAGUGCUGUCCCUGAAGCAGCUUCUGUUUCCGGCGGAGGAAGACAAUGGGGCGGGGCCUCCUCGAGAUGGGGAUGGGGUCCCAGGGGGCGGCGCCCUGAGCCCAGCACGGACCCAGGAAAUCCAGGAGAACCUGCUCAGCUUGGAGGAGACCAUGAAGCAGCUGGAGGAGUUGGAGGAGGAAUUUUGCCGCCUGCGACCCCUCCUGUCUCAGCUUGGGGGGAACUCUGUCCCCCAGCCUGGCUGCACUUGAGGUCCCUGCCCAGGAAGGCCUUUUGCAAGAAGGAGAGGAAUCGGGGAGAGGACGUGAGGGACCCCCCCCCCACCCACACAGCUGCCGCAGCAUCUCACACCCUGCGGGCCUGAGGAGAGGGAGCUGUGGGCCACACCUGGGAGGGGCCCAGCUGGGGUCACUGGCCCUGCAUGAGCCUCAGCCAUCUCUCCCUCUUGCCCUCUGCUUGGGGGACACAGGGCUUCAUUCCGGAGGGCACCACGGUGACCUAGGCCAUCUCAGUAUUGCCUGUGGGGGCCACCCCUCCACUCCCCACCCCCAAGUGCCUUCGCUCUGUUUUUAUACCCUGAAUUGGAGGUUUAUUUUUUAAUAUAUAUUAUCUAAGAAGA